AUGAUGUCUAUUCUGUUGGCGGUGGUGACUUUCAUUUGCGUAAAAGCGGGCGCUGCCGAUGAAGCAAUAACUAAUGGCACUGAACUCGUAUUAACCUUCUUGAUCCAUAGACAUGGAGACAGGACCCCAGUUAUAUCCACGAUGGGAUUAAGUGAUGAUCCAGAUGCUUUAGAAGAACUAAUACGCCCUUAUGGAUAUGGACAACUAACAAAUGUCGGAAAACGCCGAAGUUUCGAGAUGGGUAAAUUUAUCCGCCGUCGAUACGAUGGUUUUAUAUCCCCGCAGUACAACUCCUCCGAACUCUAUUUACGGUCUACAGACUCUACUCGUGCUAAAAUGACGGCAUUGACAGCUAUGGCUGGUGUCUACCCCGCAAAGGGUCAAGAAUGGAUAGAGGAUAUAAACUGGGUGCCUGUGCCUUAUACAACUUUACCAGCGAAAUAUGAUUAUAACCUGGCCGUGUUAAACUGCCCCACGCUGACCAUGGCCAAAAUGAAUGGUUCAAAUUCCCCUAAAAUGGAACAGUACCACGAUUCGUUUGAACAGUUUGGACAAUAUGCAUCUGCGCUGAAGCAAGAACCACUCCUCACUUACAUGACUUAUGAUUUAUAUUGCAGUCAGAUAAGCUUGGGUCUUCCCCUAAAACCCAAAUUACAAGAGGCUUUACCGGAAAUAAAAGCAGCAGCAGGAGAAGCAAUCGAUUUGUUAUUUGGAGACGAUAACUAUAUUGCUUUGCAAGCUGGUCCAUUCCUCAAGGAUUUUUUCGAUCAGACCUCAAUUGUCUUAGCUGGAAAUGAUACGCAGAGGCUGAGGAUCUACUCAGCUCAUGACGUUAGCGUCUAUUCCUGGAUGGCAGUGUCUCGAGUGAGACCGAAGCAAGGAGUACCGCCGUACAAUGCGGUUUUUGCUCUGGAAUUAAGGAGAGUUGUUAAAACUGGGCAAUUUGUUGUUUUGCCAGUAUACGUCAGUUCACCUGGAGAACCGAUACAAUACUUACAAGUAGAAGGUUGCGAUUCAGAACUGUGUGAUGUAGACAAAUUUAGGGAACUCACUGCAUCGUAUACUCUUGACGUGAAGGAAUGGCGAAUAAAGUGUGAUUUCGACGAAGAUGUGGAAAUUGAUGAAUCAAAUAUAUAA